UGAUGCUAUAACUUUUUGUGUUUGUUGGAUUGAGUUUAUCGUUUCCCUAGUUAUCUUCUACUUGAGCAUUAACUUGAAUUAAUUAAUAUUAAAAAAUUCUUAUGUAAAGGAGGAACUUUUUGAAAUUAAAGCAUAACUAAUAUGAUCUAAUCGUGUUAUGUUUUUCUCAAAAAAAAUAAAAAUAAAAAUUUUUUUUAAAAAAAAAAAGAAGAAGAAGAAGAAGGAAGAAGAAAUAAUUGUGUUAUGGAACAUUUUGUGAUUUUAUGUGAUAAUUGAAGAGUUUUAGAGGGAAUUGAAUAUUAGACUAUGUAUAUAUUGUAUAUUUACUAGGUUCACUCCCCUUACCCAUCUUUGUAUUUAUGAGGUUCACACCUCUUCUCCCUAGAUUAGUUUGUAAUUUGUGUAUUUAAACACUUUUCAAUAAUGAGAAGCUCAAGGGAUUAUUUCCUAACAUGGUAUCAGCCUAGGUUUUCUCUCUCUAGCUUCUCUCCUCUCCUCCCUUUCUCUAUCUCUCUAGCCGCCUACUGCUGCUCACCAUGGGUGACUCUCCCCUAAAGCUCCUAAAAAUUCCGCUUUCCACCCUGCUUUCUCUAUCAUAAAUAUCAAAAGCGUCAUGCCUAUUGUACUCCAGAUGGAUCGUGCUCAAUAUAUUUCUUGGGUUGAGCUUUUCAAGAUUAAUGCCAGGGCCCAUAAGGUGCUACACCACAUUCUUCCUUCCUCUGAAACUGACGACUCUGCUUCCCUCUCAAACUCUGACCCCAAGCUUUGGAGUUGCCUUAACGCACUUGUCCUCUAAUGGAUAUAUAGCUCUAUCUCUAACGAUCUCCUUAACACAAUUCUUGAACCCGAUUCCACCGCCGCGGAAGCGUGGAAGAGAUUGAAAGAUGUCUUUCAAGACAAUCAAACAAAUCGUGCGGUUCAACUCGAAUCCGAAUUCUCUCAAGUUGACUUGAAUAAUUUCCCUAAUGUCUCUGCUUAUUGCCAACACAUCAAGAUGCUUGCGGAUCAACUCGCUAAUGUUGGGGCUAAAGUCUCUGAUCCUCGUCUGGUUAUCACUCUUGUUUGCGGACUCCCGAAAGCAUACGACAAUGUGGCUACUCUGCUUCAACAAGCCGACCCUCCCAUUUCUUUUCAAAAGGCGCGGUCUAUGCUCACCUUAGAGGAAUCGCGUCAAGCUAAUCAAGCAUCUCACGAAGCCCAAGCUUCUAGUUCCGCCCUCUUCGCUACGGGUAACCCUCCCUCCCAUCAUGAUUCUCACAUUAAUCAUGAUCAUCGCAAUCAUCAGAAACAGAACAAUAAUAAUAAUACUCGCGGCGGCAAUCGCGGUGGUAAUGGGAAGGGACGGUCAGGUGGUGGUGGUCACCACGGUAAGGGCCGCGGUGGCCGCGGUUCCGGUCAACAGCAACAUCAACAGAUGCACUCUCACCCUCCCCAAUGGAGCAGCCCGCUACAUUGGCAGUACUCUCCUUGGGCUGCCUAUGCUCCUCCACCAUGGGCUAUUCCUCCCUGCCCCUAUCCAACUGCUUCAUGGGCUCGACAAACCAAUGGGCCCAGACCUCCUCAGAACGGUAUUCUUGGUCCAAGGCCGCAGCAGCAUCACCAAGCUUUCACGGCUCAAGCACCCUCCUCCGUCGGCUAUGCUCCUACUGAUGUUGAAGCAGCUUUGCACACUCUCUCCUUGGCCCCACCCGACGAUAAUUGGUACAUGGACACCAGAGCCACUUCUCACAUGACUUCGAACCAAGGACCUCCGGACGGGGACCAUCCGUAUGAGAUGUGAUAGCUCGGGGGAGCUAUAUCCUUUCACUUCCACCAUCACUCAAGCCUCAUCUCACACCGCCCUUGCUGCCUUCCCCUCUUCUCUAUGGCACGACCGUCUUGGCCACCCGGGAAUCUUGUUUUGAGUACUCUCAAGAAAAAUAAUGUUAUCCAAUGUAAUAGAGUUUUGAAUUCUACUGUUUGUUCUUCUUGUGUAUUGGGAAAACAUGUAAAACUUCCAUUUUAUUCGUCCACUACUAGUAGUUCUUUUCCAUUUGACAUUUUGCAUAGUGACAUUUGGACGUCUCCUAAAUUAAGUAGUGCGGGACAUCAUUAUUAUGUGUUAUUUUUGGAUGAUUUUACUAA